UUGAUAACUGAGAGACCUUGACACCGUUUGACGUUUGUUACCUGGCUUCAAAAUUUAUCACAUGCAGGGAACCAUUUAAAUUUUGUGAAAGACUUCCGGCAUUACAGUUAAGGUUUAUCAGGAGGAUGGCAGAUGGCUUGUCGACAAUAGACACGGCAACACUGACUGCUGCAGUAAAAUCAUUAUUCCGGAAACCUUUACCUGAUAGUACCACACUGCCAGUACUUCAAACUGCCAAAAAUGAUUCUCAGAAUAGUAGUGCAGAAACUCAAUCUUCAGGACGUAAAAGAAAACCGAAGACCAAAUCUACACCGAAGAAAGUCAAAACAAAAGCAAAAAAUAAAACCUUUGAAAACAAUCAGAAUGAAGUUGAGUCAGCUGUAGUAUCCAUACCAGACCAACAACAACCACAACAUCAGGCAACUGUAGAAAUUCCAGGUCUGGAGCAUCUGUCACAGAUAUCGCCCUUGAUGAUCAAGCAUCUUUUAUCAUGUAUAAGUCCACUAACUAUCACCGAUUGUCAUUCAGAUGAAUCUCACCCGAAUAAUCUCAAAUUAUCCGUCGAAAAUCUUCUCAUUGGUCAGCAUGAUGCUAAUACAGUUGUGAAUGCACAGAAUAAUGGUUCGACCAGCGUGUUUGCCGUGCCGGAAGUGCAGGCGGUACAGAACCAGCUUGAAGAGGCCGAUACUCCAGGUCAUGUUCAGAUUAGUGCUUCCCUUCUACAAAAUCUUCUCCAGGGUAUUAGUAACCCACAGGUUCCUGCAGCAAGUAGACAGUCUGACCACCAGGCACCACUUCCUUCCAUACAUCAUUUCACUUCACAGCCUAUACACACACUCAUUCAGAGUAUGUUCCCGCAGGAAACCAACCCAAUGCUUGGGAAUACAAGUGAGGCACAGCUUCCUACAUCUAGUCAUAACAUUAGUUCAAUAAGUCCUGCAUCUGUCGCCGAUUCCUCAGCCGCUUCCAUGUUGAACCAGCUAGCAAAUUUUACAGCAAGUCAGUCGCAUUUAAAUCAUCAGCCUUUAAGUCAUCAGCAAAACAUCUCGCAAACUGUGCCAGUAUUCCAUCCUGACACUCAGUCUAUUUUACAAGAAGCAAUGCAGAGUAUGCGAAAUCACCAUGGCGAUUAUGACGAACAUCCGAUUUUUGGACAGAUGAUUCAUCCAACACUUUCAACAACAGGGCUACAAGCACCUGUUCAGGGCAAUAUGUCAGAAAAUAAUAUAAGGGCACCAAUAGUAGAAGGUCAACAUUUACCAGUUGUCUUAUCUAACAGUGUUAAUCAAACAGCUCAAGUAAUGGUUCCAGUCAUGGCAGUGCCAGAAGCCGGUAUUCAGCAGCAUCCUCUUCUGUUACAACCUACAGGGCCUGGUGGGCCUUUACAGCUUAUAUCCCUAGAUAAAAGUGUAAAUACUGAAGUAUUGAAGGAAAUAGUAGAAAAGAAUAUAUCAACUCUUCCAGAUAGAAAUAGUGUUACAACAUCUUCUAGUCUGAUGACUGGAAAUGAACCAAGAACCAGCAAUGCACCAGUCAGCAUUCAGCCCAAACCGUCCAAUCAUACGCUAGAGAAUUUCCUACAGGCUGUACAGUUUAAUACUGUCGUUAUACCCAGUGUUCAAGAUAAUACAGUUGACCAAUCAAAUGAAAAUACUCCUUUACAAGGUCAUAUAAAUGAGGAACCCCAAGGUGAAAAUAUUGUUGAUUCAACAAACUAUAAAUCUACAGAACACAUCAACUUAGUUGACUUGGAUGAGAAUGAAGAAGUUUGUAAUCAAACUGAGAUAUUAGCUGCAAAAACCAACAUUUGUAAGUAA